AUGUCUUGGCUAUCACCAAAAGGAAUCACUCAGAGGAAACCACAGCACUCAUCACAACUGCUUUCCAAACAACUGCCUAAUGACGAAAAGUCUAGGUCCUUCGAAUCACUGCCUAUAGUCAACAUUGGCCAGUCUAAAGAUGUUGGGUCGCAAUAUUCACCAUCGACAACAUCCACUACAUCGACAUCAACAACAAUGUCCGCAGCAAAUAUGUCAACUUCCACACCAUCACUCCCAACAGUUUCUCCAUGGACCACCUCUACGAUCACAUCCACAACAUCGACGACAGCCGCUCCCACACCAUCACCCUGGACAUCACUCAACCCGUCAUCACCAUCACCCCCAGCACCCCCUUCGACAUUUGACCAAACAUCAUCGCCAAUACCAAUUGACAAUGGUGGCAGCGGCAACAGCAACAGCAUAAGAAAAGGCAGCGCCAGUGGCUCAUCGCCAUCGACACCUCAGCGACCAAACUACCCUCCACCUCCAGUGCCUCCCCGUCUCAAGUCGGGCAUCUUAUCGCCCUCGCCAUCGACCUCACCUUCGACUCCCUUGGGCGGCAGCCCAUCACCAAUGCGCAAGGCACCAUCAUCUCCCCUGCCGCCACUGCCACGCUCAAUGAUGAGCAAUGGACAUGUCGCCCACCCCGGCAGUGGAAGUGGCAAUGGCAAUGGCGCGACCAUCCACGGCAGCCCAUCACCACCAUCACAGCUGGUGUUCACCAGAGGACAGAUGUCCUCGCCAAGUCUACUCCAACACGGCCGCGCUAGCGGUAGUCCUUUGGGCUCGGCUCGCAUGGGCAUGCCCAAGGUGCCCGGCGGCAAGAACAGCAGGAAGCGUGGAGUCACCGUGGCCGCGUCCGACGACUCAGAGUCGCGUAGAUUCAUUAUGAUGGGACCUGUCCAACCGAUACGUCCCCGUAGCAAGUCAGUCGAGUUGCUUGCAUCGUGGGACUAUGUUGCAUGGGAGCGCCGCGACUCCAUCGACGAAUACGUCAAGGAGCAGGCAUCCCCCUACGACGAGAUGAACAUGGCGGACGAGCUGCCAAUGCGCGGCCCUAGGAUAAACGGCUCACUGUCACUUAGUCGCGGCAGUAGUAUCUCGCAGCGUUUCACCGCAGGCGGCGAUCUAGCCAACGGCAACAGCACAGCCAUAGGUAAUGGCCAGGACGGCGCAGCCGACAACACCUCGCCAUCAUCCUCGCCACGAUCCACAACCAACCAGCAGCAUCAAUCAUUGUCACCAGUCAUUGUUCUGACCAACGAGCGAUCCAACUCAAUGGGCAGCAUUGGUAGCAACAGAUCAAACUCUGUUGUUGGAGGUCUUGGCACAUCCAGCAACAGUCUAACAUUCGAGAACAACGAGGAACACAAGCCAUCAGUGGUCUCUGGCCGCAAGGAGCAUCUUCUGGAUUACCUUUGUAAUAAGAACAAGCUAGACUUGCCAUAUGUAUAUAGUUUCCUCACGACUUUUAGUUACUUCAUGACGCCAGAGGAGUUGUUCGACUUCCUCGUUAGGAGGUAUGAGAACAACCAUGAUGGUUCACUAAAGCUAUCCACUGGUGAUGACAGCAACGAUAGUAUUAGACAAAAUGUAAUCAUUGUAUUAUUAGUUUGGAUCGAUUCCAACUAUGCAGACUUCCAAGAUAAUGAGAUACUGCAUCAGAGAUUGUUGACUUUUUGUCAACAGCAGCAACAGAACUCACGCGCGUUGAUGGAGGCCGUCGACAAACAGGUCGUCAUGCGCUCGAAUAUAGACAGUCUGUUCGAGCUGAUGCGCGCCGAUCUACAACACUCACCACGUAGCAUUAGUAGUGCCACGAGCAGCAAGUCACAAUCACAGACGUACGCAGCACACCAGCUACAGGACUGGCUGGUGCAACACUUGUCGGUGGGACGCGCGGCAGCCGACAUUGUGAUCAAGAACAUGAUCAUCGCCAAGAAGGUGACGCCGGGCAGCAGUGGCUCGUCGACUGGCAAGGCAGCGAGUGGCAGUGAUGCCAGUCGCAACAAGAUCCAGCGCGACGACGUCUUUUCCAUCCCGCCGGUGCCAAUCUCCAAGGAGUCGUACUCCAAGACGUUCUUGGACCACCACCCGCACGACCUGGCCAAGCAGCUCACGAUCAUUGAGUUUGGCAUGUUCCAGCGCAUCAAGAUCCGCGAGCUCUACCACAAGAGCUGGACGGUGGCCAAGACCAAGUUCGAGACCAGUCCCAACGUGAUGGAGAUGAUCAACAACUCGAACCGCGUGGCCAACUGGGUGGCGACAGAGGUCGUCACCACACCACAUCCCAAGAAGCGUGUCGAGGUGCUCAAGCGCUUCAUCACCACGGCCGAGUACUGCCGCAAGAUCAACAACUUCAACACGAUGAUGGAGAUCGUCUCGGGUCUGAGCAACUGCUCGGUGCGCCGUCUCAAGGACACAUGGAAGGCUCUGCCACGCGCCUAUCAAAACUCAUUCAAACAGAUGUCCGACUUCUUCUCGACCAACGAGAACUGGAAGCUGUAUCGCAGUGCGAUCAAGGCGCGCGAGUUCCCCUGUCUUCCCUACCUCGGCCUGUUCCUGCAGGACAUCAACUUCCUCGAGGAUGGCAAUGCCAACAACAUGGUCCAAGGUGGCGGUGGCGUCAUUGGCGGUGAAACGUCAGUCAUUGGCAGCUCACCAUUAUCAUUGUCCGCUGGCAUGGACCAGGUGGUCAACUUCAAGAAGAUGACACUGUUGUCAGGUAUCUUCAAGAACUUGAUGUUCUUCCAGAAGCAUCCAUAUCUCAGCUUCACCAGCAACUCCAACGCUCAGAACUUCCUCGACAAGGACAUGCUGAUCCUUCCCGACAAGGAGCUGUACGCCUUCUCCAAGUUUGUCGAGUCGCCCACCAAUCCACUCAACAAGCUUACCAAGUCCAAGCAAGCAUCUGUGAUGUAG